AUGGCGGAGCCAUCGGCCUCCUCCGCGGCCGCCACCGCCGCCGCGGAGCAGACGGACGCGGAGAGGAUGGAUGCCCUGGACCGGAUGCUCAUGCGGCUGGCCCUCGCCGACGACGCGCGCCUCGCGCCGGUGCUCGCCCGCGUCCUCCCCUACGCCGUCACCUCGCUGGCCUCCCCCGCGCCGGCCGUCCGAAAGCUCGUUAUGGAAAUUCUUAGUCACAUUAACAAAAGGGUGAAGCACAGGCCUGAGAUUUCAUUGCCAAUGCUGGAGUUAUGGAAGAUCUAUACUGAAUCUACUUCCGCAACAAUGGUCCGAAACUUUUGUAUCAUAUAUAUUGAGAUGGCGUUUGAACGCCUGCCAACCGAGGAGAAAGGGAACAUCGCACCUGAUCUUUUAAUCAAUAUAUCAAAUGUUCCAGCCCAGCAUCAAGGGAUCAUCUUGAGACUUGUAACAAAGGCUAUUGGCGAAUGUAACACCCAUAAGGUGGACGAGACUAUUGCGUCAAAAUAUCAAGUAAUAACUGAAACCAAGGAUGGUCUAGUAUUUGCUGAAUUCUGUUUUCACACAUUAUUGUAUCAAGCACCACCUCAAGGUACUGGAUGCCCAGCAGGACUGUCAGUUGCCCAAUCAGAACGUGUCACCGGAAAACAACCCCUAAAAAUCGACGUACUUGCAUCAAGAAAGCUAGGAAUCUUGAAUGUCAUUGAAGCUAUGAACUUCGCACCUGAGAUUGUGUACCCUCUUUAUUUAUCUGCUUCUUCAGAUAGCCAAGAGCCAGUUUCUAAGAAAGGAGAAGAGUUCUUAAAAGCGCAAAGCUUCAACAGUAAAUUUAGAAGAUCCCAACCUUAUCAAGAGACUGUUCACACUGUUCAAUGGUACUGUGGGUGCAGAAAAUAUAGCUGCAGAGCUGAAAGUUUCCCCAGCACAUGCUUCGUUGCGUAUGCGGCUUAUGAGCGUUUUCUGCCGAUCAGUUGCUACAGCAAAUGCAUUUCCACACACACUUCAAUGCAUCUUCGGCUGCAUCUACGGAAGUGGAACUACUUCAAGGCUGAAGCAGUUAGGAAUGGAGUUCACUGUCUGGGUUUUCAAACAUGUAUUGAUAAAACUGACAUGGCUAUACGACUCUUUACUGCUUUGAGAUUGGAGGAUCAAUCUCUUCGUUUGACAAUUCAAGAGGCGGCUACUUCCCUUGCUACAGCAUAUAAGCGUGCUUCAACGAUAGUACUGAAGGAUCUUGAGGCGCUUCUUCUGGAAAACUGUGAAGCGUUGGUGUCAUUGCGGUAUGCAGAACGCAUAAAUUGGCUAAGAACUCUUUUGGGUCAUGUUGAUUCUGAUGCUCGUGAAGCUGCGUCACGCCUGCUUGGUAUUGCUUCUUCAGCUCUUUCAACCUCUUCUGCACCAAGUCUUCUGUCUGAGCUCACUUCAACACUGAGUCAAAACCGUUCAUCAAGAUUUGAAAAUUACCAUGGAGUUCUGUGUGCGAUCGGGUACCUAACAGCUGGUGCUUUGAAGCAAUCUUAUUUUUUUAAUUUUGUUGUAUUUGGAGUGCAUAUGCAGAUAUCUGAGGAUAUGGUGGAAGAUGUACUUUUUGCUGCUGGGGAGGCUUUAUCUUUCAUAUGGGGGAGAAGUUCCUGUGACAGCAGAUGUGAUACUGGAGCGAACUUUGUUUCCCUUUCCCAGGCCACAAACUAUCUUACCGGUGAUGCAUCUCUAGUCUCGAGUAACUCCUAUGAAAAAAAAGUGCUUGUGAAGAAGCACACUCAGUUACUGCGAGACGAAAUUAUUAAAAAGUUGUUUGAAACACUAAUUUAUAGCAGUAGAAAAGAAGAACGCUGUGCAGAUCCGAAAAAAGCAAUAGAUGAACAUUAUGAUGCCAUAGUAGAGGAUCUAUUGGUUCAAUCUGGAUCGAGGCUUUGGCGCUCACGAGAAGCAUCCUGUCUUGCACUUGCAGACAUCAUUCAAGGUCGAAGAUAUAAUCAGGUUUGUAAACAUUUGAGAAAAAUAUGGACAACCACCUUCCGUGCAAUGGAUGACAUAAAGGGAAACUAUGCGAACUGCUGUCUGGAGGAUCAAAGGUUGAAUUAUGUUGAGCUGUGGCUAAAAGAUUCUCCAAUGUGGGAAACUCUUGAUAUCUGUAUAAAAAUUGUUGAUAAGAAUUCACUUGAUCUAUUGGUUCCUCGCUUGGCUCAAAUGGUUAGAUCAGCUGUUGGCUUAAAUACAAGGGUUGGUGUUGCUAGCUUCAUAACCUUGUUGGUGCAGAGGGUCAUGGUUGACAUCAAACCAUUCACAACAAUAUUACUGAAGUUAUUUCUUCCCCAGGCUCAGAAGCUUAUUGAAGAUACUACCUCUCUGCAUUCAGGUGGGAAAAACGAUCAGUUAUCUGGUGCAAUUCUUAUUAAAGCCUACUUGAGCAAUGCAGCGGAUAUUCUUGGUGGAUAUAAUCGGUGGUUAUCCCUUUUAGUUGAAAUACAGAAACCUUUCCAUGUGUAUAAACAAAACUUUGUUUCAGGUUUGAUGAUGAUAAAGACACCAGUGCUUUAUAUGAAGAACUUUGGGAGGAUAUUCCUACUAGUGAAAAGAGUAACCCUAACACUAUAUUUACCAGAAAUUGUAUCUCUUUUAUGUGAUGGCAUGUCAUUGUCAUCAUGGGCUGGUAAAAAGAAAGCCUUCUCCUUCCAGUCAGCCAAGGCUAUAAAGAAGCUAUGUGAUAUUCUUGGAGAACCCCUAUCAGCACACUACCAGAAUAUUCUCAAAUCACUUUUGAAAGAAUUGCCAGGUCGAUUCUGGGAGGGAAAAGAUGCUAUUCUGGACGCAUUGGCUUCAUUGUGUUCUUGCUGUCAUGUUGCUAUAACUGCAGAAGACUCCAGCUUGCCAAGUGUUAUACUAAAUGCUAAUUGGUACCAUUUACCUAAGGUUAUUCUUUUUCAUCAUUUUUCAGAACUAGAUGAAAGUGAAAGUGCUUCUAUUUCUCUGGAUAAAGUGCUCAAUUGUGCAACAUCUUGCAUCAGUGUCGCUUUUCCACAGGAUAUUAUCAACCAAAAGAAGAAUGUUUUAGAACUAAUAUUGAAUUCUCUCUCACCUGAGGAGAGUUGGCAAGUUAAACUAUCAUCCUUCUUGUGUAUCAAAGAGUUGUGCCUGAAAUUUCACAGUUCUGGUGAUAGUAGCACAUGGCCUCAAGACACAGCUUGCUUGGUUCAGGAGUUAUUUCAUUUGGUAUCACCAAAAUUAGUAGACUCCAUAAGAUUAGUAAAGAUUGCUCAGUUUAAAGCAUGGUUUAAUAGCAUUGCCCCUUGA